AUGGCCGUCCACAGCAAACGCAAACAAGACGAAAAUUCCGUCACCCCAACCGCCAAAACACACCGCAGCAAGACCAUGACCGUUGCCGUCCCCCAAAGCAUGCAAGCACAACUAUCGCGAAUUGCCCGCUCCAGCCGCACAGACUUUGAAAAGCGAGUCUGGACAGCUCUUUGCCACAUUCCAGAAGGUCAAGUCACGACCUAUGGACUCUUGUCAAAGCAUCUCGGCUCAUCACCCAGGGCUGUGGGAAAUGCCCUUCGGCGGAACCCUUUUGCUCCCGAGGUUCCGUGUCAUAGGGUCGUUGCCACGGGUAUGACGCUGGGUGGCUUCAAGGGGAAAUGGCCGCGUGAUGGAGAGGGAAUCACAAUUGACGAGAAGAGAAGUCUUCUCAAGGGCGAGGGCAUUAAGUUUGAUGAUAAAGGAAAGGUGUUGUGUAAACCUUGGACGGGGUGGUCCUGA